ACCACCUCCUCAUCACAGUCAGAGAUAUUAGAUCAGGACUGUUCACUGAAGCUGCUGAACUCUGAGUUUAGAUGUUUCUAAAUGUUUGUGUCUUUAAACAAAGUCAAACCACAUCUGAACUUUUCUGAUUAUGUUUUACUUCAUGUUUCUGACCCCUCCCUCCCUCCUCCAUUUCCUGUUUAAAGUUUAGUUUCGUUUUCACCGAUCAUCGUGGCGCAGUUUGUUUUCUCCGUCUGAAGCAUGAGUGAUGAGGACAGAGAGGAGGGAGUCCCUCCCUCUAAAACCACUCUGUGUGGGGAACAUGAGAGCCAGACCAAAGCUCAGAGCCCAGAGCAGCAGAUACCACACUCCGCUGGACCUGGACCUGGACCUGGACCCAGCUGUGUGUCCAUGAAGAGCAACAAGUCAAUGGAUCUUCCUCUUAAAUUCAAACAAUCUGUUAAUAGAAGUUUCAGGAUCCAGCAGCAGAGACCAGACUCUCCUGGACCCAGCUGUCUGUCUUUAAAGAGCGACAAGUCGAAGGACUUUGUUAUUAAUUUUAAAGGUCGACGUCCAUCAGCUGAUCAGAUAGUGGACCAGGAGAGCUCAGAGGUUCCCAGUGGUCAGUCUGCCCAGCAGCAUCAAACACACCUGGACUCCAUAUUUAUGCUGCUGGAGGAGAACAUCGUCACUUUUGUGAAGAAGGAGCUGAAGAAGAUGCAGAAGGUUCUGAGUCCAGAUUACCCAGAAUGCUUAGAGAGUCAGAGGGAGGAUGAGGAGGUGUUGGACGGUGAGGAUGAAGAGCAGAGGAGGAGCAGCAGAGAGGAGUUUCUGAAGAUCACACUGAACUUCCUGAGGAGAAUGAAGCAGGAGGAGCUGGCUGACUGUCUGCAGAGCAAAUCUCCUGCUAUGUGCCAGCACAACCUCAAAUCUAACCUGAAGAAGAAGUUCCAGUGUUUGUUUGAGGGGAUCUCUAAAGCAGGAAACCCAACCCUUCUGAAUCAGAUCUACACAGAGCUCUACAUCACAGAGGGAGGGACUGGAGAGGUCAAUGAUGAACAUGAGGUCAGACAGAUGGAAACAACAUCCAGGAAACCAGACAGGCCAGAAACAACCAUCAGACAAGAAGACCUCUUUAAAGCCUCACCUGGAAGAGAUGAACCAAUCAGAACAGUGAUGACAAAGGGAGUGGCUGGCAUUGGGAAAACAGUCUUAACACAGAAGUUCAGUCUGGACUGGGCUGAAGACAAAGCCAACCAGGACAUACACUUCACAUUUCCAUUCACUUUCAGAGAGCUGAAUGUGCUGAAAGAGAAAAAGUUGAGCUUGGUGGAACUUGUUCAUCACUUCUUUACUGAAACCAAAGAAGCAGGAAUCUGCAGGUUUGAAGAGUUCCAGGUUGUGUUCAUCUUUGACGGUCUGGAUGAGUGUCGACUUCCUCUGGACUUCCACAACACUGAGAUCCUGACUGAUGUUACAGAGUCCACCUCGGUGGACGUGCUGCUGACAAACCUCAUCAGGGGGAAACUGCUUCCCUCUGCUCGCCUCUGGAUAACCACACGACCUGCAGCAGCCAAUCAGAUCCCUCCUGAGUGUGUUGACAUGGUGACAGAGGUCAGAGGGUUCACUGACCCACAGAAGGAGGAGUACUUCAGGAAGAGGUUCAGAUUGAAGAAGCAGGCCAGCAGGAUCAUGUCCCAUAUCAAGACCUCACGAAGCCUCCACAUCAUGUGCCACAUCCCAGUCUUCUGCUGGAUCACUGCUACAGUUCUGGAGGAUGUGUUGAAAACCAGAGAGGGAGGAGAGCUGCCCAAGACCCUGACUCAGAUGUACAUCCACUUCCUGGUGGUUCAGACCAAAGUGAAGAACAUCAAGUAUGAUGGAGGAUCUGGGUCAGAUCCACACUGGAGUCCAGAGACCAGGAAGAUGAUUGGGUCUCUGGGAAAACUGGCUUUUACUCAGCUGCAGAAAGGAAACCUGAUCUUCUAUGAAUCAGACCUGACAGAGUGUGGCAUCGAUAUCAGAGCAGCCUCAGUGUACUCAGGAGUGUUCACACAGAUCUUUAAAGAGGAGAGAGGACUGUACCAGGACAAGGUGUUCUGCUUCGUCCAUCUGAGUGUUCAGGAGUUUCUGGCUGCUCUUCAUGUCCAUCUGACCUUCAUCAACUCUGGAGUCAAUCUGCUGUCAGAAGAACAACCAACCUCCCAGAAGUCUGAAACAAGAAAAGAUGACUCUGCAGAGACACAGUUCUACCAGAGUGCUGUGGACAAGGCCUUACAGAGUCCAAAUGGACACCUGGACCUGUUCCUCCGCUUCCUCCUGGGUCUUUCACUGCAGACCAAUCAGACUCUCCUACGAGGUCUGCUGACUCAGACAGGAAGUGGCUCAGAGACCAAUCAGGAAACAGUCCAGUACAUCAAGAAGAAGGUUGAAGAGACUCCCUCUGCAGAGAGAAGCAUCAACCUGUUCCACUGUCUGAAUGAACUGAAUGAUCGUUCUCUAGUGGAGGAGAUCCAACAGUCCCUGAGAUCAGGACGUCUCUCCACAGACAAACUGUCUCCUGCUCAAUGGUCAGCUCUGGUCUUCAUCUUACUGUCAUCAGAAAAAGAUCUGGACGUGUUUGACCUGAAGAAAUACUCUGCUUCAGAGGAGGCUCUUCUGAGGCUGCUGCCAGUGGUCAAAGCCUCUAACAAAGCUCUAUUGAGUGGCUGUAACCUCUCAGAGAGAAGCUGUGAAGCUCUGUCCUCAGUUCUCAGCUCCCAGUCCUCUAGUCUGAGAGAUCUGGACCUGAGUAACAACAACCUGAAGGAUUCAGGACUGAAGACUCUGUCUGUUGGACUGAAGAGUCCACACUGUUCACUGGAGACUCUCAGACUGAGUGGCUGUAACCUCUCAGAGAGAAGCUGUGAAGCUCUGUCCUCAGUUCUCAGCUCCCAGUCCUCUAGUCUGAGAGAUCUGGACCUGAGUAACAACAACCUGGAUGAUUCAGGACUGAAGACUCUGUCUGUUGGACUGAAGAGUCCACACUGUUCACUGGAGACUCUCAGUCUGUCAGGCUGUCUGAUCACAGAGGAAGGCUGUGCUUCUCUGGUCUCAGCUCUGAGAUCCAACCCCUCCCAUCUGAGAGAGCUGGACCUGAGCUACAAUCAUCCAGGAGACUCAGGAGUGAAGCUGCUGUCUGCUGGACUGGAGGAUCCAGACUGGAGACUGGACACUCUCAGGGUGGAGCCUGGUGGAGUCCGAUGGUUGAGACCAGGUCUGAGGAAGUAUUCCUGUCAACUCACAAUCGACACAAACACAGUGAACACAAAGAUCAAACUGUCUGACAACAACAGGAAGGUGACACUUGUGGAUGAGGAUCAGUCAUAUCCUGAUCAUCCAGACAGAUUUGAUCAGUGUCUUCAGCUGCUGUGUAGAACUGGUCUGACUGGUCGCUGUUACUGGGAGGUCGAGUGUAUUGGAGAGGUUUAUAUCUCAGUGAGUUACAGAGGAAUCAGCAGGAAAGGAGACAGAGAAUAUCACAAGUUUGGAAGGAACGAUCAGUCCUGGAAUCUGUUCUGCUCUGAUGUUUAUGGUUACUCUGUUUGUCACAAUAACAGAGAAACAUAUAUCUCCUCCUCCUCCUCCUCCUCUCUCUGUCACAGAGUAGCAGUGUAUGUGGACUGUCCUGCUGGCUCUCUGUCCUUCUACAGAGUCUCCUCUGACUCUCUGAUCCACCUCCACACCAUCAACACCACAUUCACUGAACCUCUGUAUCCUGCGUUUGGGUUCUUUAGACCUGGUGCCUCAGUGUUUCUGUGUUCAGUGUAGCAGAGUCUCCUCCUGUCAGAGAAACUUUCUAUUGAACAGAUAGUUCAGUCUGUUCAUGUCUGUCUCUGUCACUCACACUUUUUCAGAUUCAUGUAUUAAAUCAGUUAAUUUUUUAACUCUUCUAAAUGAAUCCUUGUAAACACCUUCCUUUUCCAGUCCUUUAAAGAUGGAAGCUACGAUUAUUACAGGAUAAAAAUGUUGUUGACGUUUAUUUUUUAAAAACCCAUUAGAUCCAGAUCCCUCAAUCAUUCCAAUGGCCAUAACUUUCCUAGGAUGUCUAGAUCUAUGAUAUCUGUGAUCCAACUCCACCCAAAUGCACAAAUGUAUUUGAUUGGAUAUUUAAGAGCCAGUCACACUGUCCCACAUCAUCUAAAGUGGACAGCAGUAGAGCCACCCCCCCUUUUACAGCAGAAAUGGCUGACCAUGAGACAUCUCAUUUGUCUUUAAACUGUUUUUAAAGUAUAAUGAGCCAUUGUAUUAAUCAAAAUAUCUUAAUGAUUUACCCAUCAGAAUGGUCAAUGAGGAUCUGAAUGUCACUAAUUUUUAUUUUUUAAUUACUUAAUUUUAACAAUCAGCUUAUUAUGCUUCGUAUCCAUUGAUUAUACACACAGAACAUUCAAGGUCAUUCUUCUCUCUGGAGAUAUUUCGAAAAUGGAGAAAUUUCCGAGUUAUUUUAGUUAUUUUAUUGAACUAAUACUAUAUAUUUAUGCAACAUGUUUUAAAGCAUCACCAGUUCACCAUUUAUGUUUCUUGAGAAUAUUUAAUUUGAAUUGUACUAUUUGGUAGACAGUUCAGAUUCUGUGUCUAUUCGAAUGGACAGAAAAUAAUACAUUGUUACAUACUUUAGUCACAACCAUUACCAAUGAUUGAGUGCAUUUAGAGAAGAAAUC